CUUACACAUGGAUAUGGAUGAGGUCCAACGGUCGUAUUUGGGAAAAACUUCAUCGAUACUUGAUCAAUCACGGUUUUAACUCUAAAUUUGGAGUUGUAACCACUCAACAUUUGAGCAAAUCUAGUUCUGAUCAUUGUCCUAUCCUACUUAUGUGUGAAGAAGAAGGAAGAUUGGGACCGAAGCAAUUUCGUUUUCAAAAUAUGUGGCUUUCACAUGUGGAUUUUUUGUCUUUUGUGUGAAGCAAAUGGGAGGUUUAUCCAACCAGUGGUGGAAUGAGGAGUUUCUCGACUAAGCUUAAAGCCUUGAAGGUGGACUUAAAAAAAUGGAAGAAAGAAGUUUUCGGAGACAUUUUUGCUGAAACUAGUAAGCUGGAGGUGGAAGCUUUGGCAGCUGAAAAAGACUGAGGAAAAUCCGAACGAAGAGACUAGAUUGACGUGUUUUAAAAAGAAGGCUGAGUUACUAAUGCGUGCCAAACAGAAGGAAGCCUUUUGGAGACAAAAGGCUAAUGUAAAAUGGAUCUGGGAUGGUGAUGCUAACACCAAUUUCUUCCAUGAGAAAGCAAAAGAAAAAGUAAGAAGACAACAAAUUACUGCAAUUAAAGGAACUGAUGGGGAGUGGGUUUAUGAUAGGAAAGAUAUUGCGACUGAGGCCGUCUCUUUUUUUACUAAGAUUUACGAGGAAGAAGCUACUUGCUCGCAGGACAAGGUGCUUAAACACAUCCCAUGCUUGCUUGAUGAAGGAGAUAAUGAGAUGCUAAGUAACCUACCAGGAGAAGAGAAGAUCAAAGAAGCUAUUUGGAGUUUGAGUAAAGAGUCUGCGCCUGGUCCAGAUGGUUUUGGAGGAACCUUUUACAGAGGCUGUUGGGACAUUAUUAAGAAGGAUGUGGUUCUUGCUGUCCAAGAGUUUUUCUUGGGUCUGCCGAUACCCAGAAGUGUGGGAAGUGCUAAUAUGGUUCUCAUUCCCAAAAAAGGAGUCCUACUUCAUUUGGGAAUUUUAGGCCUAUUUGUCUUUACACCUUCAUUAGUAAGGUUAAUACUCGCAUUAUAGCUAGCAGGUUAGCUUCUUAUUUGCCUAAAAUCAAUUCUAAUGAACAAUCAGGCUUUAUGAAAGGACGAGAAAUUAAACAUCAAGUUCUGGUGGCUAUGGAGAUGCUUCAUAAUCUGGAUAAGAAGUUUCGAGCCUCUAAUAUUGUGGUUAAAAUAGAUAUGACUAAAGCCUUUGAUCGAGUUGACUGGGGUUUUCUAGAGGCUGUUUCGAGGAGGUUUGGGUUUAAUAAGAAGAUCAGGGAGUUGAUUAUGGGGAACUUGAAGGCUACUUAUAUUUCGGUUAUGGUGAAUAUAUAAAUAGAGGGAGGGGUGCGUAGGGAUCGAAUUUGGGCUGAAAAGGGGAGUCAAGCAAGGGGACCCUCUUUCUCCAAUGCUAUUUAUUAUUAUGUUUGAAGCCUGUAAUGCCCAUAAUUUUAUCUAUUUCUUAUGUGUUAAUCAUUUUCAUUAUGAUCAUGUUUUAACUUGUGGUUUAAAUGUUAUAUAUGUGAAUAUGAACUUUGUGAUAAUCA